UCUUAUUUUGUCUUGGGAAGUUUUUCUUGUUAAAAGUACUUAAUAUAUGUUUUAAAUACCGUCCAAAGAUUAAUUUUUAGUUUCAAUUAAGUCGAAAGGUAAGAUAUUAGUUUGAAAACCAAAUUUCAAAAUGACUUCUGAAAGCAAACGAUAUCUCCUUUACAAGAAAAAUUACUUUGCUUUGAAUUCUGGAAUCUAACUCCACCUUCCGAUUGCUAAAAUGGUCGAACCUUCUUUUUAGAAAUCAAUUUUCAGAACAAUUUUUAAAAGUAAAAGAAUAUCUUCAUUGCCAAGAAAAAUUACUUCACUCCGACUCCUCAUGAGAUUAACUCGUGCUUCUAGUUGCUAAACAGGCUCGAACCAUGAACCAUUUUAAGAGCUUCGGAGCCGGCUUGUUUUGGAUCCUAGCCAAGACAUCUAUCUUUCUUUCACCAUAUAAUUGGCCCACAAACUACUGUCACAUACCAAUCCUCUAUCAACCAAACCAAGUGGUGAAAUCGCUGCACCUUUCCUUGGUUUACAAGUUCAACCACUACUGUCUUUUUUUUUUCUUUCUCUCUCACAACCUCGUCACUCUCUGCUUCUGCAUCUUUUUUUCCUCUCUAUAUACUCUCUCCAUUUGUUUAGAUAUUGUUGUUUAUUCAAACAUAACCCCGUUUCUUUAGAUCUUCCAUUAGUUUUUUUCAAACAAAACCCCCCUUUCUCAUCAUCUUUGGGUGUGUCUUCUGUUUUGUUGGUUUGCGAAAGCCAGGAAAAAAAAGAAAGGGAGAUCUUUUCAUAAAAAAUAAUCAAUUAAAAGAGAUGAAAGGAAGAGACCAUGAAAUUACACAAAAUCCCAACAAUAUGUUUCAGAAGUUUCAUCACCAACAACAGCAGCAACAUCAUUAUCAGCACCAACAACAGCAACUACAUCAUCACCAACAACAGCAACAGCUAAGUAGCAGAGAUCAAUGCCAAACAUCAGAAGAAGAUGAUUGUAAAAGUAACGAUAAUAACAGUACCAUCAAUCUCCAAGAACCAACGAAGAAAAUUAAGAAAGACAAUCAACUACUACUUAUCAACAAUGGGUCUGGUUCAGGAUCAGCUGGUGGUGGAGAUGGAGCUACCAUUGAAGUAGUAAGAAGACCAAGAGGAAGACCACCAGGAUCAAAAAAUAGACCAAAACCACCAGUGGUAAUAACCCAAAACAUCCCAACAGAUGAAUGUGCAAUGCGACCUCAUGUGCUUGAGAUACCAACUGGUGUGGACAUCAUAAAUGCUAUCACGCGUUUCUCCCGGCGACAUAAUAUAUGCGUUUGUGUAUUAUCCGGUUCAGGAAGUGUUGCUAAUGUUAGUCUCCAUCAACCUUCGACCACACCAGGUGCAACUGUUACUUUUCAUGGAAGAUUUGAAAUUUUAUCAAUUUCGGCGACUUUUGUUCCUCCGAGCUCUUCAUUAUCAGCAAUUAUAAGUGGGUUUUCGAUUUCAUUAGCUGGUCCUCAAGGACAAAUCUUUGGUGGGUCUGUUGUUGGUAGUUUGGUUGCUGCUAGUACUGUUUUUGUCGUGGCUAGUUCUUUUAAUAAUCCUAGUUUUCAUCGAUUACCUGUUGAAGAUGAUGAUAAUGAACAAGUCAGGAACAACAACAAUUCUUCAGUUUCUGGUGGAGUCACUACAACUGGUGGUGGCGGUGGCGGUGGCGGUGGUGUUGGUAGUGAAGAAAGAGAUAGUCACUCAACACCACAACCAACAACAACUUCUCCAUCAAAUGAUCAUCACCAUCAACCAAUGUAUCAUCUCCCUAAUGAUGUUAUCUGGGAUCCUACACCAAGACAGCAAUCACAUCAUCAUCCACUUCCACCAUACUGAUUCUCUCGUCUAGCUAGCUGAUCAUCAAAUUCUGAUUAAUUUUUUUUUUAGAUUUUAUGUUAAUUGACUUCCCCCCUUUGUUUAAUGUUUUUUUUAAUAGUGUUUUUUUCAUUUCAUUUGUUUUUUGUUUUUGGUUUUAGCCCUUGUAUUCUUUUCUUUUUUAUGAUGAAAAUACAGUGAUUUUUCUUUUUAAGCCUCAA